AUGCAGAGCAGGUUGUUCGUCGUCUUGCCUCGCGGUGCCUCUCUCGAAAACUCGCCCGAUAGUCUUGCCUCCAACUUCACAAAUCAAGUCUUCAACGUCUCCCUGCCCUCGAACAAUGCUACCAACGAUACGCUGAAAGAUGUCGAUGAGUGUGCAAAACGGAAAAUUACUACUCAGCUUUGGUUUGACUUGGAGAUGAACAACUACAUUCAGAACUAUUCUCAGGGAACAUCAUUGUCACUCAAGGAAUACGCCAACACGGUUGGGGCGACCAAUUUCAAUAUCAAAAUCGGUUCCAUAUGCAGAGUCGCGCAAUUAUGUGAGGGAGUGAAGGGUAAAGACUGGUAUGCACUCAUCGCGGCUCAAAGGUGGAACACCCAAAUGAACCAAGCAUUUAAUGCUGUCGCUUUUGCGUCGAACAUUGCCAUGGAGAUCACGCAAUCAAUGGCAUUUGAUUUUGUGCGAGCGCCUACACAUGUCAUGGAGUACGCUUCGACCUCGGUAUCAGCCAUCUUUUGGGUGAUUCUGGCUCUUCCCGGUGUGUGGUUUGGCCCGGUGGGGAAGUACUAUUAUCGAGCUGUGCUCAGUGUGUUCUAUGCCACCACUGGAAUUAUUAGGCCCAUCUCAACCUUCCUAUAUCCAACUUCAUCGCCGGCAUUCACCCAGUGGUCUGACAUAGCAUGGUUGAUGUCUCGAGUUCAAAAAGACGUCCAGCAAGCUAUGAGCAAUAUCACAGAGACUGUCAAAACAUCUGCUAUCAGCUCCGAAGAGGGAUUGUAUGGGCUCAAUCUCGACGGUAGCCUUUUUGCCGAAAAAUCUACCCAGAGUGAAUCCGAAUAUCAGGCCACCUUUGAACGAGCAUUCAAACUCCAAGCGUUAAGUCACCUAUGGAGAACAGAAAAUGUGUUCAUCACAAGGGGAAGCGAUCCUUGUGAUAGUGAUGGCCCAAAUGGUGCCUGGACCGGCAAGAACGUUAUAUCUUAUUGUAGUCCAGAUGGAAUAAUGAUGAACAUAAUCCAAGCCAAAGGAAACAAAGCCAAUAAGGAGAUCUUCGGUGGUGAUCGAGCCUUAUCAAAAUACAAUUUUUCUUCGGAGCUUCUCACCACCACAGCUUGGGCCUGUCAACAGAAAUACGGUGAUGUAGUAGAGCCAACUACUUGGCAAAAUGCCACAGAAUCUAAUAUUUCUUCAUUGUUGACCAAUGAAUGUAUGUUCACACUUCCAAUCUGUGAUCUCACCAAUCCAAGCAUCAAAGCCGCUCGAGAUCGCGGUUUAGGAACUGUUGAAGCAUGUAGAAAAGUGGGAAAGAUUCAAAUAUGA